AGUAAAGCAAAGAGACUCGGUUAUUUAGGUGUUAAGCCAGAAUCUGACCUACGGGGAAAAGAAACGUGAAGGAGAGUACGGAACAUCAGAAGUGUAGCGAUGGUGUGCAUCGCUAGCCGGUGCACGGCACUGGCUCUUCUCAUUACGUGGAUCACAAGGUGCACUGCAGUGCCAACACAAUCCCCACUAACAUGCAACGAUCGCUAUAUCGAGAAGGUUGCGUACGAACUCUCUGAAAAACAUCUACUGGACAACUUUUUCGGCUCUAGCAUCAACGAAACACAGCCAACGUACAUCAGAAGGCAUGUCUGCUGUGAUGGUACUAUUAAGCCUGGCUCCUGCGGAAUACCCUUCUGCAGAAACAUUAACUCAGUGCGUUGCUCUGAAGAAGUGGGCGAAUGUAGUCUUAACAGCACUGUUUGCGCAAAACCCUUAGCAACUCUUCAGCAAGCAGAAGGUUUUGGGAGCAAAAAGUCUAGUAGAGAACCACAACUGCAAAAUGUGUCGUAUCUCGAGACAACUUUGAAAGGGGUACCCGAUGGGCACUGUCAUAUCUUUAGUGGCUCUUCAGUGAGAACCUUCGAUGGUCUAGCUUACAGCUACCCACUUCAGUGUCGGCAUUUCAUGGCAGGCAUGCCCUCGUUCAAGGUGGACUUUGUUUCCAAUUACAGCUGCAGCAGUGGCAAAUGCCAGAGUGCUGUGAGCAUAUCGGAUCCCACAACGAUUGUUGAUUUGCUGCCCGAUGGAGUCGUAAACGUCAAUGAUAGAAGCGUGAUCGUGCCAUUUGAGACUUCAUCUGGUAUUAGGAUCUACCAGGAAGGGGUAUACAAGGUGUGUCGAGGAACCGAUGAAACCCGGGUUUCAUUUGACGGUGGAAACAGCGUUAUAAUUGAAGUCAACAGACUACACGAAUUUUCAGCUGAGUUUGAUAAGUUUGGCUUAUGCGGUAACUACGACUUGGACCCGACAAACGACCUCCACAACCGUUCUGUCAAGAGCUUUGUCAAUGAGCUGAAUAUGAACCAAGACACUUACUGUAGGAAAAUAAACAAAACCUUGCUGAACCCCUUUGACAACCUCGACGGGCCCAACAAGGAGAAAGUCCGGAGGGCUUGUGACGACUUUGCAAAUCAGCCUUUUCUCAAGGAAUGUAGGUCCCGGAGCGAUGUACAACCAUUCAAUCUUUCAUGCUUGUUCCUUCUGUCAAGGGCUCUAAUCGAAAUUUCAAGCUUCGAGCAAGUCCAAUGUGAUGUCUACGCCGAAUAUUCAGUGUCCUGUUCCAGGGUUGGCCUAUAUGUCGAUUGGAGAUCCAAACUUCCAAACGGCACCUGUGCUGUCUCCUGCGACCACGGAAUGGUGUACACGGAAUGUGGAUCAGCAUGUCCCCGGACUUGCGAGAAUUUUUCCAUCCGUGACGAUUGUGGAAAUGAGUGCGUUCCAGGUUGCCAAUGUCCGCCAGGCACCUACUUUGAUGGAGAGAUAUGUGUAACCAAUGGCAGUUGCCCAUGUUUACUGGCUGGGGAGCUUUACCCUGCUGGUUCCCUAAUGACCGACGGUUGUGAAGAUUGUGUAUGUUACGAGGGCAAGCUUCAAGAAUGUUCCACCCACUCCUGCCCUGGCACAUGUUCUAUCUUCGGAGGGCGCCGUUUCAACACCUUCGACGGAAAAAGCUUCGAAUUCGACGGAAAAUGCGAGUACGUGUUAGUUCAAAGCAAAUCAGUGCUGGAAAAUUCCUUCAGCAUCUUCAUGGAUAAAGCAAAGUGUGAUGCGUCGCAGUCGCGAUGUGACCGUGUCCCUGAAAUAAGCAUCAGGACUCCGGAUGGGACUCAAUACGAACUUAAGACAGCUGAUACAGUCAUAGUGACGGAGGACAACCGGCCCAAACAAGAUAUGAAAUUGCCUUACUCUCAGUUUGCCGGCAACAGCACCAUCCUAUUCAGUCGUCCGUCGUCCAUUUUCACGAAAGUGUCUAUGCCAGUGCUCGGCAUCGAACUGCUGCGGGCAGGCGACAACCGUAUCUAUGUUACAGUGGCUGCAAAGUUGCUCGGCAAGGGGGAAGGACUUUGUGGAACUUUUAAUAGAAUAACUGGAGAUGAUUACCAGCUACCGUCUGGGAGUAUCAUGCAGGUGUCACACAUGUUCGCUCCAAAAUGGCAGUCCAACUGCAAUUGCAGAAGCACCGAGAACGGGAAUAUUAAUGACUACUGUGAAAUCAACUACAAACGCAGAAAACUGGCUGAGGAAACCUGUGGUAAACUGAUACGGGAGCCUUUUACAGACUGUGGACUGAAGGUUGACCCUAAGAUGUACCGAGACAUGUGCUUGCACGACCAUUGUCACAGCCAGUACCAUACAGGAACAGAGUGCUUGGCCUUCUCUGCUUAUGCUCAUGAGUGCGGUAAUGUGGGCGUCAAUCUUGUCUGGAGAAACUCGGGUCUCUGUGCACCGACGGUGUGUGAAGAGGGGAUGGUUUUUAAAGAGUGCGGGUCCAUGUGCAAGGCGGCAUGUCGGGAUCUUGGGAGUACUGAUAACUGUCAGGAACAGUGUAUCCAGGGAUGCCAGUGCCAGGACAAUAUGGUUUAUAACGACCGUACUGGCAAGUGUGUGUCCCUAUCGCAGUGUCCUUGCUACUUUAAAGGGCGUGAUCGUGACCCAGGGGAAACAUGGAAGGAUAAAUGCAGCGACUGCACCUGCCAGAAUGGUGUAGUUCACUGUACUGAAACCAACUGCUCAGCCACUGACAAGGAGUGUCCAGGAACCCAGAAAUACAUCGAAUGUGUCGAAUGUCAGCAUGAAUGCCAAACCCUCCAUCUCGCCUGCAAAAAGGCUGACUGUACGGCGGGAUGCGGCUGCCCAGAUGGGACAGUUCGUACUACCGAUGGCCAGUGCAUGCCAGAGACCCAGUGUCCAUGUUACUUUAAUGGGCGUACAUACAGCCUCUUGCAGGAAUUUGAAGAUGAUUGCAGAACCUGCUUGUGCUCACCAGAUGCCAAAGUAGUGUGCGAGAACAAAUUGUGCCCAGAGACGUGCAGAGCAUAUGGAGACCCACAUUACUUGACGUAUGAUGGCAGGCGGUACGAUUUUCAGGGUGACUGUAGCUACGUUCUCACGUCGGACGACUGUGGCAAUAAUGGCAGCAGCAGUAUUUUCAAAGUGGUUGUGGAGAACGUCUGUUGCGGAUCUGGUGGGGUGACUUGCACCAAAUCCAUUCUGUUCACCAUUCUCGAUGUUAAGAUAUACCUUGUGAGAGGUACCGAACCAGUCAUCACCCCUCCAGAAUCUACACCAACGAGGGCUAAAUAUCGCAUAGUACCGUCCGGCAUUUUCUUAAUCAUCAGUACCGUGCACGGGAUCAAAGUAGUGUGGGAUUUCGGCACGUCCAUUUUUGUAACCCUAGAUGGCGUCUUCAAAGGACACGUGUGUGGCCUGUGUGGAGACUUUGAUGGCAACGCCUUGAACGACUUCAGAACCAGGGGCGGUGAAAUAGAGGCUACACCCAACGCAUUUGGCCACAGUUGGAGGACGAUUGACAGCUGUCCUGAACCCCCAGAUCCUGUCCACCCUUGCGAAAUCAACCCGGAACGAUUCUACUGGGCGCAAUCGGCUUGCAGCAUCAUACUGAAAUUUACGUUUUCAGCGUGUCAUGAUGUGGUUGACCCCAGACCCUACUAUGACAACUGCGUAUUCGACAGCUGUGCCUGUUUGAGGGGAGGUGACUGCGAGUGCAUGUGCACUGCCGUCAGCAACUAUGCCGACAUUUGUAACAAAAACGACGUGCAUGUAUCAUGGCGAUCCACUGACAGAUGCUGCUUAUUAUGUGAAGAUGGCAAGGUGUAUCUACCCUGCGGGAAGGUCUGUGCAGAUAAAUGUUACAAUGACGCUACAAUAAAGGAAGACUACGCAUGCAUGGAAGUAUGCGAAGAGGGCUGCCAUUGUCCUCGGGGAAAAAAGAUGUGGAAAGGCAAGUGUGUGGACGAUGACGAGUGCCCUUGCAUCAAAUGCGUCGACGGUGAAAUGAAAUGCAUCGACACCCCUUGUUUCGCUCCACCGACUUCAGUGCAACCAACAACUACUAGAGAGGUAGUGGUAACAAGCACGGAAGUUAAAACCACAGUAACUACCACGACUCCUCAGCAAACAACUACUGAGGUCACAACGGUACCCUAUACAACAACAAAGACACAAAUAUGUCAGUCUGGAUCAAGUAUGAUUCCAGAUGACUGCCAGACAUGCCUCUGUGAAAACAACACGUAUUACUGCUACAAAGAUUGCCACAAGGACUGCCAACCGGGAGAAGAGCUCGUGAAUUAUGGUCAAGAAAGGUGUUGCGAGUGUGUACCUGUGCCAACAACUGUGGCCAUAACAGCAAAAGUACCAAGCACCACAGAAGCAGCCACGGCAGUGCCUUCUUCAACAACAAAGGGAAGUCCACCACCACCCCCUCCCGUGUGUCGUACGUAUGGACUAGCCAAAACCAGCUGCACCAGAGAGUGCCGAGAGCGCUCCUGCAUAGAUGGUAACUGCUACAAGAUUGAUUUCAUCAAGGAUACCGCUAGUAACACUACACUAUGCUGCGAGUGCAGUGAUGGAAAGGUGUAUAAUGGUACGGGAUGCGUCCUGCCACAGGAAUGCAAAUGUCGGGAUGAAAAUGGUACACUGAGGAAGCCUGAAGAGAAAUGGGACUAUAGCAACAACAGCUGUAGAACAUGCAAAUGUUCGUCCAACACCAUCGAGUGUGACCGGGAUACUACUUCUACUGGUUGCCGGCCUACUACCACAGUACCUACAAGCCCAAGAACAUCCACCAAAUUACCACAAACAACAGAACUGCCAACUACAUCAGGAACAUCGACCAAAUUACCACAGACAACAGAACUGCCAACUACAUCAGGAACAUCGACCAAAUUACCACAGACAACAGAACUGCCCACUACAUCAGGAACAUCGACCACAUUGCCAAAGACAACAGAACUGCCAACUACAUCAGGAACAUCGACCAAAUUACCACAGACGACAGAACUGCCAACUACAUCAGGAACAUCCACCAAAUUACCACAGACAACAGAACUGCCAACUACAUCAGAACAUACAACAGCAGCACGUCCAAGUAUAAGCCCAACAACUGAGGGUUAUUGUAUAUAUGAGUGCGAUUACCCCGCUGUCUACAGAAAGGUCGGUGAAGUGUGGUGGCCAGACGACUGUACAGUCUGUGUAUGCGAAGAGUCGAUGUGUGUGACAUGCACUAUUAAACUGUGCGGCACGAGUUCAAAUUCCACAAGAGACCCAAAGAUGUGCUGCCCCGAGUUUCCAACGAUGAAGACAACACCGACACUCACACCACCAACACUUGUAACAGCUGAAGCAUCAACGACCCGGUCUGCAGCUCCUCUUAUUUCGACUUCUGGCACGAUUUGUCAUGACAAUUGUCAUGUCAAGGAACCCAUUUUAUGUGAACACCAAAACUACGAAAUGAAAGACAGGGAUCCACCUUUUAUGAAAGACGUCUACUGUAAACCGUUUGCCGCCCAAUACGGGAAUUAUCCGUCGCCGUGCAAUUGUUUAGGAGGGUAUUUGAGAGACUAUGGGGGUGAUCUGAGUGAGAAAUCUCUGGAAUAUCACAUCGGCUUUUCAUGGAUGACCUACAUGUGUGUGAAAAUUGAACAACCAUGUGGGAAUGGCGCCUGUCUCCUUGAUGGUGUAUAUUAUAGGCCGGGAGACGUGGUCACAAAGGGAUGCCUACGUUGUGUUUGCAAGCUUAACUAUGGAGGAAGUACUGAUAUUAAAUUUAAGAUGUUCUGCGAGUCCAUCCCAGGAUGUACAACAACACAAGCACUUCUGACGAUUGAGGAAACACGGACACUGCUCACAACACCACCACUUGUAACAUCUGAAGCAUCAACGACCCAGUCUGCAGCUCCUCUUGUUACGCCUUCUGGCACAAUGUGCCAUGCCAACUGUCAUGUCACGGAACCUAUUCCAUGUGAAUACCAAAACUACGAAAUGAAGGACAGGGAUCCACCUUUUAUGAAAGACGUCUACUGUAAACCGUUCGCCGCCCAAUACGGGAAUUAUCCGUCGCCGUGCAAUUGUUCAGGAGGCUAUCUCAGAGACUACGGGGGUGAUCUGAGUGAGAAAUCUCUGGAAUAUCACAUCGGCUUUUCAUGGAUGACCUACAUGUGUGUGAAAAUUAAACAACCGUGUGGGAGUGGCGCCUGUCUCCUCCAUGGUGUAUAUUAUAAUCCGGGAGACGUGGUCACAAAGGGAUGCCUACGUUGUGUUUGCAAGCUUAACUAUGGACAAAGUACUGAUCUUAAAUUUGAGAUGUUCUGCGAGUCCAUCCCAGGAUGUACAACAACACCAGCACCGCCGACGAUUGAAGAAACACGCACACUGCUCACAACACCACCACUUGUAACAACUGAAGCAUCAACGACCGGCACAGCUGAGUCUUUCUGCAAAUUCGAAGGUGAAAGGUACCAUGAGGGAGACCUCAUACCUGUUUCUCAACCGUGCACUAUACUGAUUUGUGGGGAGGAUGGAGAUAUUAAGUAUCAGGAGGUUAAGUGUAAUCGGACUUGUCCUAAUGGAAGGCUAACUGAAGUAAGUCCAGACAGAUGCUGCCCCGUUUGUGUUCCAGACGGAAGAGACUGCUCCUACAGAAAGCACUCCAGUUUGGUUGUAAUCGACGAUUGCUUCUCUGAGAGACGCAUCCCUUACACGGACUGCGAGGGGGCCUGUCCAUCCAACAGCCGCAUCACCAUUUUGCCAGACGCCCACGUCAGUUUCAACUGCGGUUGCUGCAAACCUAAACAGCUUGAGCAGAACUACGUCAAGAUGAAAUGUAACAACAAUACCGAGUUUUAUCAUCCGUACUAUGAGAUCAAGGACUGCACAUGCCAAUCCUGCGAAAACGAUCCCAUGCAGAACCUGGUUGUGAACCCGUUUAUGCUGUAGGCCUAAAUCUACAAAAAAAAUUGACCUGUGUUUGGCUGCACAUCCUUUCACCACGCUUGCUUGAUAGUGUUUGUACAAGUCAGAUAAUACAAGGAUUAACACCUUCAUUGUGAAGCUUAUGGUUCAAUUGUGCAUGUGAAGAAAGUCUGUACUGUUAGGUCGACUAUCAUGGCAGAUAAAUCUUCAAUUUAUAAUUUCGUCAAAGAGAAAUUGAUUUCCUGACUACGCCAACUAAAAUUUAACGAUCUUGUUAAACCGUACAGAGCAGGAUCCAGAUAAAAUUGGGGUUUUUUUUACAUAUAACACAAUAAUAUACAGUGUGGUGCAGAGGAUGUUGAGCUAAAUACCUUUAUGAAGUAUGAAACACGACUAAUGAUACAAGUUACAAUUACCUGACUACAGCUUCAAGUAAAAUAUUCUUAGAAUAGCCUUUUUUGCUGGACUAGAGUUACGCUAGGUAUCUGCUAGUUUUGAACUGCUUAAAAUGCCACUGUCAAUUUUGUUUCGAGUCAAUUGCCAAAAAUACUAAAUGCAUUUACUGGGUAAGAUCAAACCAUGCUCAAAGUAACAGAACAAUUACGUUUUUGAUUCAACUAAAGCUGAAGCUGUUUUCUCUUAUAGGAGACCGCUGUGACCUACACAUAGCUUUAAACACAAUACGUUUUAUUCUUUGCUCGCUUCUAGGGGGUAUAAAAGGGUCAUUUCAUGUGAGACCAAUACAUCUUUGACCUUAGGUCUUCAAAUUUUGAUAAGAGGACACACCAAUUUUUGGCUUGAUCUGCAGUUCCAUGUGGUGAAGGCAGAGCCGAGUUUAGCUGAAAAUACCACUCUUUUAGAAAAAUAAAUCAUGGCCCUUAGUUUUCACCGGAUCCGUUUUUAAGGGAUCAUAAAAGAAAAGGAAACACACAAAAAGCUCUGGAAGUAUGUAUUAUGUUAGUGUAUGUGUAGUAAAAGGUGAUGCAACACGCCGAAGUUUUAUUACAAUGUUUUAAGAAUUAUUACAAUGUUUUAAGAAUUUGAUUAUUAAUAUACACUCGAGAUUGAGGGUAUUUUUCACAAAUGUCAACAAAAAAAGACUCGCCUCUUUUGAUUACUCUCCUAUUAAAUAUACAUGUACUUCAAACCGUCCCAGUUCAUAAUGGCUGCACGUCUGUAUUUAACUUGAAGGGGAACCUCAAGUUUAAUACUAUCAAUGACAUGGUGCCGGCUAAGCAUAGUGUUGGCAGCAAAAUAAACAAUAUCGACUUUAGGAAAAGAAAUGAAAUUUCGUGCACUGUUGUUCCUUGGUUGGAUUAGCAUAAUUAUGUAAUGUAUUUCAUUGGGCUUAUCGAUGAUACCAAUACUUAUUAGUUACUAAACACUAUUAACUUAAUUCAAUUGUGCUAGAGCUGCUUUUUUGCAUGUAGAUUGGAAAUAAAUACUUAACUGCUUAAAAAUGGCAUCGGAAA